UAGUUAGAAUCCAGGAUGAAGAGGAUAGCAUGCCUUGCGGCAGUGCUGUAUUCUCUAGUGAUAUCAUUCAUAUCUGCUGGAGAUGCUUCAAGCUUUAAGCUUCUUCGGAAACUGAAAAUUACUCCUUCUAAUUUAAUUGAUUUCCAUUUGCCAUCACGAGAAAGAAUGGAAGUAAGCGGCCCCAACGUCACAAACAUCGACUAUGGUACUGCAAACGCACACACAGAUUUCGACCAAUUGAUUGAUAGCGAUGUCCUUGAGGCCGCGGCACCUAAAAUAGUCCGUGCAAAAAUUCACCAUGAUAGUGCACCGAAAAUCUCUGGUCCUAGUGAACUUUACUCACUUGACGCUGAGAAACUCAAACGAAAUGGACGACACAUCUGCAAUUCCCGCUCUUCAAGCCACGAUCCACAUGACUUGAUGUCGUCGGGAACAAAUCUUACCCUAGCGACGGCGAUGUUAAAUUCAAGUAAGACUCAGAAUACAAAUUGGUCUAUAGCCCGGGGUGUCGCCUACCCUAACGGGUCCCGCUUUGAAGCUGUCACCAGCCCAAAUCAGACCCUCGUACCCGCUCAUACUAGACAUCAUCUGGCCAUAAGUCGUCGUGGAGUUCCCAGAGGUCAAUUUGGUCACGAUCGCCCCAGACGGUCGCAGGAUUCAUGUUAUGAACCUGGCUGCCUGCCGCCAGGUAGCGUCGUCAAGUGCAAGAACAGUGAUACAGUACCAAUCACCAAAAAUCUUCCAGUAUUUCUUAAUGUAUUUCCGUUCAAAUUACCCUUCAGAAUCCGGGUAGACUUGUGGUUUGCUAAAAAUGAAAGCAUGGAUAAAAAAGCAAACAGGACAAGAGCCAUCCUCUCUGUUGGAAAUACAAUUGCAAAUGUAAUGGGCUGGCAUCAGUUCAAAAUUGAGGCUACCACACGUUCUACAAGUAAAAACUGGACGAUUAUCUUCCAGAUUGAGAAAGAAAGCUUUCCCCAAGAGACUGUAAGCAACUACACGCUCGACGACAAUCAAUUUCAUCGGCUAGUGAUCUCUGUUCCGGUGGGAGACGUACUUUGGUACGUCGGAGCUGCUCCAAAUUGUUCCGCAUUCUACUCUCCACAACGUGAUGGGAAGAAAGACGAACUGUCUACUACUACUACUACUACAGACCAGACAAGCCCCACUCUCCCUGCUGACGCAGAACAACCCGCCUCUCCUGGAGCGUCUCGGCCGCAGCUGCUUUGGCUGCUGCUGCUGCUGCUCAUUCCGCUGAUGGCAUGCACUGCAGUGAUCAUCGCAGUGAUGAAAAGAAAAGGACAGGAACCUGCGUUGAACACAUCGAGGGGUGUCCAAAAUGAGAACAUCAGCCCCAUUUACGAUGACAUUUGUGGUCCGAUACACCUCAACCAAAAAACUGGACAGAUGUCCAUCGACAGCCUCUGUGGUCAAGUAGCCCCGGACCAAAUCAAGAGUCGAUCGACUAUCAUCAGCUUUUUUGACAAUAGCGCCCGUCGCUUUGAUAACCUACAGCAAACUUCGCGCCAAAAUUUGGCGGGUAACAUUACUGCCCCAAACGAGUGCAUCAACUCUGGCAGGAGUGGACCCGUGGACGAAGCUCAUUACGAAUUGUAUAUUCAGGCGAAUGAGCUUGUGAACAGCAACAUAUAUGACAACGACGGAGAAAUGUAGAUCCGUUUAUGAAUUAUACAUGAGAAGUUGUUACAUUGGUACGUCAGGCAACAUUUAAGUAGUAUGAGAAGAGUAUGAUCAACUGAAUGUCAUUAUUAUUGCUUCCCGAAAUAUGUUUCAGCUGAAAUGAAAUUAUUCAUACAAUCGUUCAUAUCCAAUUUUAUUCGUUUAUAAUUGGCGUAUAAAAUUUUAAAUAAAUGAACUAUUAGCUGCUCAAACUGAUGUUGUUCAGGAUAAAUGAUCCAUGAGACUCGAGAACACCGCAUUCCUGAAGCCCGUCAUUGAAUUUCAGACCAAAGUAUUAUGCAUUAGUGAAAGAAGCAUUGGAGUUUUUGCAGUAUCCGGUCUUGAAUACUAAAUUUUGAAUCAUUAGGUAAGCGUUCUUGGCCAUUAGAAACGCGAUUGGUUGAACGAGUAAUUGCGGUCUACGGAAGGUUGGCGCUAAUCCGGUGCGGCCUCCUGCCAUAAUGUGUUACAGUAUUUGUAAGAAACAUUGGUAAAGGAGUUAAAAUCUUCGAAGUUCGACAAAACGGCCUUAGACUUUGCGGUAUCGUCAAUUGCGGGGAUGGAUUGUGUCGAUUUAAAGAGAUUUGAUAGAUCAAUGAAACACAGUUUUUCGGCCGCCAAGUUGAGUAGCUAAGCCGUGUGGAGGGUGGCCGUUCUUUAUACAUGCACUGCCAACUCAUGAAUUUGAGCGGUGCCACAAGCCUGUUUUCUUUCUCAUUUUCGUAACUGAGUUUGCUCUUCUGAACGUAGUUUGUGUCAUCCGUAUCUCACAUUUCCUACCAGAAGUCCUAUGUUUAGAAGCCUUCACAUUGGUAUCAAACCUGAAAAUUCCGAAGUUUUGACCCAGGCAAGAAACUGACCAAUGCGUACUUUUUUGCACGAGUGAAUGCACUAACAAUUUAAGAAGGAAACUUUUUAAAGCAAAUUGGGUAUAAACGAACAAUAUCAACGGCUUCAUUCUGCCUUCAGUAUAGGCAGAAUAAAGCCAGUAGAACGAAAAUUUUUGUCAAGAUAAACUUAUUAAAUUACGCAUCUUCGGGUACGUCAUGAGAACCGCACGGUUUUUAUUCAAAUCUUGCAUUAAGUAGCUUUAUCAGGACCCUUUUUUCUCCCAUAUUAAUUAAAAGUACUAAGUAUUUUCACGGAUCUAUCCCUAACAUCUUAUUUAUUGUUUUAAUCCUCUAC